AUGAGGUAGCCAUGUUGUAGCAGUGAGACGAGCGAGUUGGUGGAAAAACACAAACCGGAGAAAUUUGGUUUAGAAUCAGUAUUGUCAACCACACGGUUCGGAGGAGCCGUCCAUCCUGUUCCCUGUUCGGACUGCCGAGUUCUAGAAGACACCAUGAGUGGCGGAACGCCAUACCUCGGCAGCAAAAUCAGCCUCAUUUCGAAGGCCGAGAUUCGCUACGAAGGAAUUCUCUACACUAUUGACACCGAGAACUCGACUGUCGCACUUGCGAAAGUACGUUCUUUUGGCACGGAGGACCGGCCCACCGACAGGCCCAUCCCACCUCGAGAUGACACCUUCGAGUACAUCAUCUUCAGAGGCAGUGACAUUAAGGACCUGACUGUGUGUGAACCGCCCAAACCAACAUGCUCUCUUCCUCAGGACCCUGCCAUUGUCCAGUCCUCCAUGAGCUCCAACUCUUCGUCUUCUGCUUCAGCUGCUCCGACCCCGUUCCAGUCUGCUGGUUCCUAUGGUCUCUUCAACCGGGCUCCAGUUCCUGCCUAUAACCAGUUCAGCACCAGUCCCCUGGUUUCCCCUCAGUUUGGACCAGUUGGUGUUGGCCGCAGCAGCCCCAGCCUGGACCCUUUGCGGAAGAGCCCCACCCUGGAGCAGGUGAUCCAAACUGCCCCGUCCGCCCCGACCGCUGCCACCACGGCUCCGGCCCCGGGCCUGGGACGCAGAAGCCCCGCCCACGGUCGCACGGCCCCCUCCGCUGCCGGUCAGAGCAGCCAGAAGGUCCAGCACCAGGACGGCGUGGACACAAGGAGGGGUGAGACUGUCAGGGGAGGCCGCAGCAGCCAGGGCUGGUCUGCACCCCGAACCAUCUCCGCCUCUCACAUCACUGCUGUAGAUAGGGCUUCCACUGCAGGGCUUACCCACUCUGUCUUUAGCCACCCAGGCACAGACGUCCCGAAAGUCCCCAAACCAGAGUCUGAGCAGGCACGAGGCGAAGGCAGGGAUACCAGUAAACGUUCCACAGUGGCUGCUGGCGCGCCCGCUAACCGGCGCGGGCGAGGGGGCGGACACCGCGGAAGAGGACGCUUCAACGUUCGCAGAGACGGCCCCAUGAAGUUUGAGAAAGACUUUGAUUUUGAGAGCGCCAACGCCCAGUUCAACAAGGAGGAGAUUGACAGAGAGUUUCAGAGCAAGCUGAAGUUGAAAGAUGAGAAGACCGAGAAGUCUGAGAAAGCGGUGAACGGCGAGGAUAAGGGCGACUCUGGUGUGGAAACCCAGAACAGCGAGGGUAACGCCGAUGAGGAGUGCGACCCGCUCGGCCCCAACUGCUACUACGACAAGUCCAAGUCUUUCUUCGACAACAUCUCCUGCGAUGAUACCAGGAAAGCAAAUGACAAGUCUGGAGGUGCAGGUUUCCCAAGGGAGCGGAGGCAGACCUGGGCGGAGGAGAGGAGGAUGAACGCCGAGACAUUCGGCAUCCCUCUUCGUCAGGGCAGAGGACGCGGAGGUUACCGCGGACGUGGCGGUAUGGGCUUCCGCGGAGGUCGGGGUCGUUCGGCCAGCCGGGGGUCCUUCGGGCCGCCACAGGGAGGCGGCGGCUUCAGGGGAGGAUACAGAGGAAGCCAGGCUGGACGGGAGUUUGCCGACUUAUCAGCUUACAGGAAGGACAACAAAGUGGCUGCAUAGUCUCAAUGGGAGGAAGAUUCUACUCAAAGGUGGAACUUCUUCAUGCUUCAAUGGAAAACAAAUAGUUUGAGUUGCUAUUUUGUUGACUAAAAUAAUGAAGAUUGUCUACUAGUUGUAUAUUUGUCACCAGCACUGGGGUAGACUGCUUGAAAACAACGAUGGAAACAACAACAACGACGCAGUUUAUCAGAAAAACAUUUUAAAAAGUCCAAAAUCGAAUAAUUUCCAGGUGGCUGAAAUAAUUCUGUAUAAAUGUCAUAUUUCAGAGGGAUGUUAGUAAAUUCUUUGUUUUUCACUGAACGAUCUUCCCGGCCCUUUCCUAAACCUGUAUUUGAUGAUACUUUGUUAGCUGUCGAGGGUCGUCCACUUGAGUCGUUUAACUUACUGACAUAGCUUUAUUGGGGUGGGGGUGGGGCGGGUUCAGUAUAUCCUGUAAUGUAACUUCAGCACCAGACAGCCCGCAGGGUCUCAGUCACACCUUUCUAACAUGUAUUUUUCUACUAUUACAUAGACUUUCAUGCUGUUAUCUAGUCAGCCCGCUCACUCUCACAUCUCUCCCACCUUCAGUCUCAGUGCUUGUGAUUCUUCGCUUUUCACCUGAAAUCUGUCACUUUUCAGCUUCCGUAGCUUUCUUUUCUUUUCCACUUGAUCUUAAAGUGUUUGCUUAUGUUAACGGUGUCGACUAGGUGUCACGUUCUAACGUUAGUGUAGGAAGCUGGUGGCAGGCGUCAACGCGUGCACUCGACUGCUUCUCGUGGUAGUUUUUACUCCCAGUCCUCAAGCUAACUUGGUCUGGGACGCAGAUGGAUCAUGGGUCAAGUUUCAGCUGCUUUCUUUUUAUCUUUUUCCACUUAUUUUUUUAUGAUUUACUUCAUUCACGAAUCGCUGAAUUCACACAGACGAGGACUAAAAUCUAUCUAGCUCACUGAAAGUUUCCCAGCAGAUGAAUGUGGAAGAUUUUAAAUGUCUGAAGUAAACAAAUCACAUUAAAGGUCAUGUGAUUUGAUGAAAAGGUAGCAGCCAGGCUGAUGCUGUAAUCUGUCGCCUGUGUGUGAAGUUCAGGAAGCUCCACUAAAGUCAGGACACACAAAUAACGAGCUAAUGUUGCUGCUGUUUGUAACUCGCUGGACUAUGAAGCUUUGUGGUUAUGUCAACAUUUUGACAUGUAAUUAUUGCCUACUACGCUGCCUGUUAGCGAGCUAACGUCGCUGGCUAACGACAGCCAGUAAUCCAACUAUUGGCAUAGCUGGUCGUACAUACACACAAACAAUGCCAUUAGCACAAGAUAAACAAAUGAUUUGGUAUUGACAUAAACGCACUGUUGGAUCAGAUACUUGCAGGAUUCCUCAUCGCUCAGGUACUCAGGUACGCCGCUCUUGAGUGUCGGCAGGUGAUGCUGCAGGUGCGACUGAGCUGUGUGUGUUCUGGUAUCUGCGGUUGUGAGCAGGAGGAGCCAUGUUUGAAUGUUCUGUCUACAAACCGUAACCAGCAAUUCCAGCAUAGUACGCCUGUAAGUGAAAUACAGAACACAAUUUGACAUGUUUCUACUGUUUGUAUGUGUUUACUGUCAUAAUUCAGUGAAAAACACGUCAAAGGGAAGAUUAUGUCUGCGUAAUUUCCGAAUAAUCCGAAAGAUUUUUUAUUUCAAGAGUUUUCCAUGUUAACAUGAAAUCACAUCACUGAACAUAAAGAGGUGUCGUAUAUGUCAGUCCAGCAGAGAGCAGCAUAGACCUGCAAACAUUAAGUGCUUAACAUCCUUUUAUGAAGUACAAUGAUGUAAUGUUGAAAUGUUGUACUUGAUAAAUCGUCUCUGCUUCUGGACAACACUGAAAUGUGACACACCACUUUGUUUUCUGCGUCUUCACUCGAAAUUAAUUUGGAAAAUUCACACAACAAUUCAGUUAUUACAGACGAGAAGUAAAAUAAUUGUCCUUUCAACAAGUCUUUUAUUGGAAUGACAGUAAGUACAAAGAGAAAAGGAAACAUUCACGUUGUGUUUUUCACUAUUUCUUUUGUUGUAAUUUAGACAUUUUAAAUCUUCCACUAUUCUAUGACAGAUUCAUUCAGUGUGUUUUCAGUUGUUUGUCGAAAGAGUCAUGAGACACACAUUUAGAAACACGCACACACAGAGAAGGCACAGGCUCACCAGGUUUCAUUUAAUCCACCCGUUACAGUGAAACUCCACUUAGACGUCUUUUAAAAGCCAAACUCAGCCUGAUGCCACUAACUUGUUCCCACGGCACUGCAUGGUGGUCAACAGCACGCUAAAGCUACAGGAAGUGAUGUCAACUCCAAACAGACAAUAAGAAUAGAAACGCGAGCCCGCUGUGUGCGCGUUGCGUCAGUUUUCUGGCAAUAUUCAUCCUUCUGAAGUUACGAAGGACCGGGGUCUGAUGAAUUUUGACUGAAUAAUCUUACGCCAUCCUGGCCUGGUAUGAUUUAAGUACUUAAAAACUCUUUGUUUUGUAUUUUUCAUUUGAUUUGGCUGGAAAUGUAGAGUUGCACUUUUGCGAAGUUAAGAAACAUUGCUGUUUUCUGUUCCUCUGUCCUGAGAUUGUAUUGAGCUAACGAAGACUCCGUCAUGUUACAUUAUCUGACUCCCCCGAGCAUGAAUCCGAUAAAAAUGAUGUCGGAUUUCAGGAAUAUUGUUCUAAACAGACCUGGGUCAAACAUUGUCAACAAGACGUCUCUGUCCAUCUUUUUCUGCAGAGAAAAGAAGGAAAUUUGACUUUUCCGCAGUGUUUUGGGCACUCGUAGCAGUUUUAAAUGUACAGAAGUGAAAUGAAUUUUUCUUGACCCACGUCUAUUUCCAUAAAGUUGUUUUUAAAUGAUGUCUGCUUCAUGGCUUUGACUCCAGAACGACAAAGUCUCCCAAAAUAUGACGAAAAGAUGUCAGCCUGACAUGCAAAGCUACCUUUAAAGUACGUGAUUGUGCUCAGGAAACGUAGAGAAAAUUAGUUUUUCUUGAUUCGCCUUAAUGCUAGAGAAUAGCCGCUAACAUCACAUCGAAGCUUACAGAAAUGAAAAGGAGAGAUUUGAGACUUUGUUGUCCAGUGUUGCCGUCUGAUGCUGUCGAACUUGGGUGCACAUGACUUUUUAAACUCUUGAUGGAGUGGUACUUCAACGUGUUUCCUCGCUGUCGUAGAAGCGAUUCCUUUGCAUUAAGGCACUAAACGAGUUGUUUAACCACGUGAGAGUUUUUGGGAGCUUUGAGAAAACUUGUGUUGGACACAACAAGAAAAUAUGCAGAUGUGACCACAGAGAAAGAUUGAUCAAUACAAUAUGAUACAUUGUUGGUUAUAUUAUCAUUUCAAAGAUUUGUUCAGUAAAAUCCUUAAUAAAAAGGACAUUAAUUGAUAAAUGUUGUUGUUUUAUUGCACUUCUGAAACCCAAAGUGUCAAUUUUAUAAUGGCUAUUUCAAAUUGAUCAAAUAUUAAUUGAUUAGACUUGAGCUGCUGCUGCAGGUCUGAAGCUGCCUGAAAGUUUCUGACUUUUCUUGAUGUGUCCAAACUAGUUUGGUACCGUAUCCAGGACAGAUGUCUGUUUUUGUUUGUUUUCUAAGGAACAUUUCAGAUGGUCAUUCAGGGGGAAUUAGCAGCAGUGGUUCUCAACUCUUCAUGUGGGAUGACACAACGGAGCCGGACAGAAAAGUUCACAUCAGUAGAACUUGAGUUAAAACAAAUCAGACAUUACAAAAGCUUCUAGCAGAGCUGGAGAACCAGCUGGGCCCCUAACCCUAAACCCCAGUGGGACCGGAAGCUCCCAGUUGUCAAUGUGGCGUAUAGUUUGUGGUAAUUUUAUUAUUAAAUGUUGUAUGUACUAAUAAAGCUCAAACACUGAAGUGACAGAGGCCUUAAAGGAACAGUGUACCGUUUAGAGAAAUCGUUUUGUUCUUUCUGUUUGCGAGGUGGAUGCUCAGAUUGAUGCCUCUCGCAUGUCUACAUGGUAAGUAUGAAGCUACAGUUGGUUAGCUUAGCUUCAAAGCCUGGCUCUGUCCAGUCUGUUAAUGUCUACGAGUGUAAACUACAUGGAAAAAACAGAUUUUGUUGACUUUGGACAGAGCUAACUAGAGACUAGCUGCUACUCUCAGUUUCCAGUUUUUAUGCUAAGCUAAGCUAACCCCCUGCUUGCUGUAGCUUCAUGUUUCCUGUACAGGCAUGAUGGUGGAAUCAGUCAGGACAGAGAAAGAGAACGAGGAUUUACCUAAGUGUUGAAUGUUACUUAAAAACCUUGUAUGUUUCAGUUACUAUUGGACUUUCAGAACAUGGUGCAUGUUACUAAAUGUGUUCUUCAUCAUGUUACCACAGACUAUUAACGGAUAAAUACGGUGUCUACAGAGACUUGGAGGGGUGGGGGAGGUGUGUCCUGGUGUGUUAAUCCGGCCUCGUCUAUUGGAAAUAAACCCUCGUCGGUGCACUUGUGUUCCAGAUAGUAUACUUGUGUACAUGUCAGGCUCCUCUGAGGCAAAGUUGAGAACCACUGAAGAGAAAAGUGUGUUGGUUAGUUCUUAACGUCAGCUUUUGACUGGUAUUGUAUUCAACUGCACACAACACUACAUGAUGCUCGUAUUUGUCAGUCGCCACAAAAUUGGGUGUAAACAGAUUUUUAUUUUUUUUUGAUAAAGGUUGUUGAUGCAAUAACUGAAGCGAGCGUUGGCGGGCUGAGCAGCAGGAACGCGGGCGCACCGAGGUCGUGCUUGCUUUUUGCUUCCGGCGUCCGUUAACACUCUCUGGAGUCACAGCCACAUGUUUGUCUCUGAACCCAGCAUGGCGUCCUCCUCUGUGGGCCUCAGUGGACUGGGCUUUUUAUUAAGAGCAAAUAAUAAACUGUUGUUCAUUA